AUGGAAGACGACAAACUACUCGACCUCCCACCAAAAGCACACGGCGAAAGAGCUGACAAGAUGUCGAGUAGUGGCGGCGCGGAUUCUUCUUCCACCGAACCAUCGGAACAUUCGCCUGGCUUGUCUCCUACGGGAUCCCUGCGGAGGAGGAAGACAUCUCAAAAGCGUCGUUUGGCACACCAAGCAGCAGAGACUUUGGCCUUCGCUCUCAGGGAAAAGCUGAAAGAUAUACAGGGCAAGGAUCAGGAGGCAGAAGAUCUGGAGGCAGUAGGGACUGCUGGGCACCCGGAGAGAACGGACAGGCAAGAAGACCCGGAGGGUGCCAGCCAGCCAGCCAGCCAGCCAGCCAGCCAGCCAGCCAGCGGUACAGCCGAGCAGCAGCAGCAGCAGCAGCAGCAGCAGCGGUCCCGACCAGCAUCAGCGGUCCAGCCUGUAGCAGCCGGCCACCCCUCCUGCAGCAGCGGUCCAGCCAGCCAGCCAGCCAGCCAGCCAGCCCGCCCUCCAUCAGCGGCAGCGGCUUGA